GUCCGCCCGUUUGUUUCCUCCAAGACUGGAUAGAUGACUCUGCAGGGGCUUUGUAAAAGAUGGGUGCUUAGUUUGGCCUGGCAAUGAAGCCACUGAAAGGAAUCUUCUGGGGUCAUGAAACGAGUCCUCCCGUCACCUCUCUAUAGCUUGACCAUUUGGACCUCAGAACCAUUCUGUCCUCGCCGAUGCUCGCAGGAUCAUGGGUAGCGUCAGCAGCCUCAUUAAUGGCAACAGCCUCAACAGCAAAUACUGCAAGGCUUCGGAGCACAGGUUAAAAGAGGGAGCGAGUCACCACAGAAAGAGCGGAGGCUGCAGUCUUGACGGGCUGCUAAAGUGUGGCUUUGCUCAGGGCUCUUCAUCCUCCACUCAUCACUCUAAAGGCCUCUCGCACUCCAGGUCAGGGAGAAGUGAGGAUUUCUUUUACAUUAAGGUGAGUAACAAGACAAAGUCAGGGUACCACAGGGAACGAUCACUGGAGGAAACUGUGACCAGAGAUGGAAACUCAGAUGGUCGGCAGCAACCAAAACCAAAGCUCCUGCUCAUGCCUGGAAAACUAUCAGAACGGGGGAGCUUGACUUCUGCUGAGAAGUCGCUGGUCCACUCCACUGCCUUUAAGUCCGCAAACCCCUCAAGGCCUUCAUCCGCAGAGAUUGGCCACAACAGUCUGGACCACAUCCUUUGUCCCCUGAGGAAAGCAAGAAGUCCAAAUGUUGGACACAAGCAAGACACCUUAGGUUUCUGGACUCUCUCCGACUCUGGACGUAACUCCAUGUCUAGCCUGCCUACCCACAGCACCAGUGGCAGCCUCAGAGCUUCCACCAUCCCCGUCUGUCAGAGUGAUGGCAGCUCAGCUCUUGCAAACAGCCUCAGCAGAGGACAACCCAAUUUUCCUCCCUGGGUCAACGGAAAUAAUGCCAACCCCGACUGCAGCUCCAAGGCGUGUUGGAAUAGCAACAUUUUGGCUUCUAAGACUAAUGAGGAUCCUGGCUCCCCACUGUCUGCAGAGGAGCCAAGGACUGUCUCUGAAACCACAGGUGGUAUUCGGUCCCCGGUAACGACGGACGAGUCUCUGAUUGAGCUCCUAGAACAGAGGCUGCUGGAGAGAGAAACCGAACUGCAGGAGCUACAGGUGAGUUUAGAGGAGAAGGAAGCAGACACCUGCCAGUUGUUUCAGGAGAGACAAAGGUACUGUGCAGAGGAGAUGGAGGGCCUGAAGCAACACUGCUCCACAAAGUUACUGCAAGUUUCACAAAUGGCUGCAAAAACGCACCAUGCUCUGCAGCUGCAAGUCAGCCAGCUCCAGGCAAAGAAUGACAAGCUGCAAGAAGAUGUCUUCAAGCUAACUCGAGAGAAGAAUCUUGUUGAACUCAGACUGAGGUCGUAUGAAAAGGAGAGCACACAACUCGUACCAACACUUGAGGAAACUCAGUGGGAGGUAUGCCAGAAGACAGGAGAAAUCUCGUUACUGAAGCAGCAGCUGAGAGAAAGCCAAGCAGAUGUCAGCCAUAAGCUCAAUGAGAUCGUCAGUCUGAGAGCAUCACUGAAGGAAAACAUGACAAAAGUGGAGACGCUCGAGCAACAGAAUAAAGACUAUGAGGGCAAACUCCUAUCCUUCACCAGGGAGGUUGAGGUGAGCCAAAAUGAACUCCAGCGCAAAAAAAAUGAGGCUGACUUUCUGAGGGAGAAAGUGAGCAAACUGGAGAAAGACAUUCAGGGGAAGAAUCAAGAUUUGACUAAAGCCAAAGACAAGAGAAUGCAGACAAGUUUGCCACUUGAAGGCCAUUCGUUGUCCUUAGAAAGCCCAAUCCAGGAAUCAGACUCUACUGAGCAAGACUUGGACACGAAGAUACACGUCUCCGAUGAAUCGCUCCAAAGACAAGUGGAAAGACUGAAGCAGCAGCUCAGAGAGGAGAAGAAUGCUCAAGAGAUGCUGGUCAGCAGCUUCGAGCAGGAGCGGCAGACGUGGAACAAGGAAAAAGACAGGGUGAUCAAAUAUCAGAAGCAGCUCCAGAUCAAUUACCUGCAGAUGCACAAGAAGAACCGGGACCUGGAGAGGGUCCUGAAGGAGCAGACGGCCGAGCUGGGGAGCCGGAGUGAGCUAAACAAGAACAUCAGAUACGCCUCAGGGUUACAAACAUAUGAUGACGUUAUUGCCACAGAAAUUUGAAGUGAUCAGUCACUGUAAACAUCAUUAUUUGGGGGUGGCACCUGAGGUGGACACUCUGGCCACCCCUCUAGCUCCGCCCCUGGUUGAAAGUAAAAUUAUUCGGAAUACAGGAGACACGAGAUAUCAAAUUCUGUGAUAGCAUCUGGCAUACGGACACAGUUAAUAAAGUUUGAGUUUCACCAUUAUCUCAUAUUUCAUUACAACACAUCUCAAUGUAACAUCCCAACAGCUGGAAUUCUAUGACUUUGUGUUUUUCUCAUGUUAUUUAUUAAAAUGUGCAUAAUAUAGAGUAUUUGUGUCCAGGCAAUAAUAUUCAGUACUACUAAAAUAGUUAUUGAAGGUGUCAGUGUUCUUACUUGUUUAAAAGUAAAUACUAAGGUUUUUAGCAUUCAAACAAAAAUGGCGUUAUCUUUCAUUAACAUUAUUUUCUAACAGGCUUAAUUAUCAUUCAAAUGAUAAUCAAUGUUUUGGUUUUGAUGCUCUAGUUAAUUACUGGUAGGAAACAGUCAUUAGUUUUUUUUAAAUGUCAAUAUUACUGUUUAUAGUCACAUGAUAAGCAUGAUAAUUGCUCACCAUCUGUUCUCCCAGCAUGACAAUUUAGUCACUGAUAAAUUAUCUUGUGCGAGUGAAGGUUUCUAAACUUUAGUGCAUUUUUAUUUGUUUCCAUGUCACUGUGAGCCCUCAUUCUGUCUACUCUUAAUGUGGCUGAGCAUAAUAAAUCAAUUUAAACCAUUAAACUUUUCAAAAAUAAAGCCAAAUUCAUGUUGUGAACAUUUGCCACAGACACGGAUGUCAAAUGAUUUCUUCCUCCACUAAGAUGUCAAUGAUAGCUCUAUGCAGACAACAAUGCAGUCAAUACAUUAUAAUAAAAUUUGUGGUAUAUUUUUGACACAUUUUAGAGCCUGUAAGAUGUACAUGUUCAUUUUAAAUAAACAUUCCAAAGAGUUGGAAA